AUUCUCACAAAUCUUCCUCUACUAUCUCUCUAACUUCAUAAACUUCAUUCUCCGAUCAUGAAAAUGGGUUUCUCCGGCGACAUUUCCGAUCCCCAUUACUACACCCACAGAGUAUUCAUCCUCUGUAACUACAUCCUUCUCGGCGCCGCUUCAAGUUGCAUCUUCCUCACACUUUCUCUCCGUUUAAUCCCUUCAAUCUGGGGUUUCCUUCUAAUCUUUCUCCACAUCAUCACCAUCGCCGGAUCCAUCUCAGGCACCGUCGCCGCUUCUUCCUCCACCUCCUCUUCCAGCCGAUUACGGUGGUAUGGAGCCCACAUGGUGGUGACAGUUCUAACAACUAUAUUUCAGGGAUCUGUAGCCAUUCUGAUCUUCACUAUGACUCCAGAAUUUCUUGGAAGUUUGAAAUCGUAUGUGAGAGAAGAAGAUGGUGCAGUGAUUUUGAAAAUGGCUGGUGGGCUUUGUUUAUUGAUGUUUUGUUUGAAUUGGGUUGUUCUUACUUUGGCUUUCUUUUUGAAUUAUUUUGCUUAUGUUGAUGGAAUUGGAAGGAAUUCUAUUAAUGAAGUGAGGUUGGGAUCAGGAUCUAAAUCAAAGAUUGGAUCUUGCAAUGAGGUAGACGAAGAGACGACCAUAAAGGAAAAUUUGCCUUUCCCUUUUCAAGUUUAAGAUGAAGAGAUCAUAAAGGGAAAUUUGAUUUUCCCUUUUCAAGUUUAAUAAUUUAAUGUUUCUGUUUGUGUGUGUAAAUCUAUUAUAUAUAUAUAAUAUAUAAUUUAUUUUGUUUCUUAUGUGAGGCUAAUAAUUCAUUGAAAGACUACCGAUUGCAUUUUGUUUC